CGCUAACCUUGACAAAACGGAAGGAUAUGAGAUAAGUCACAGAUUGUGCUUACAGCUUCAGUCUGUGUCUGUGUUUGUAUCCCAUCAGCCACACAGCCAUGCACUUACACCCUUGCGUCGUCAUCACGCUGGCCAUCGUAGCUGCCGUGGUAGGGGUGCCAGGGUGUGAGGAGAGACCAGGCUGCAGGAUUCAGGCUGGACAAUGUCUCUGUGGCAUCGGUUGUCCUUCCGACUACAUCUACGUUAACAAAGAGGAGUGCAGGACAGCUCUGAAAGGACGUAGGAAUGAUGUUUGUCAAAGGAGUCCAUGUCUCAACAGUGGGUCAUGUAGUCAGACCUCUGUUUCUCCAGGAUACCGUUGCAGAUGUGAAGGCACCGGAUACUACGGCCAUCGAUGUCAACAUGCAUGUCCCAAGCCAGGUUCAAUCGGUGCUGAUUUCCACUACCCGUACGAAUGCAUCGUCAUCUGAAGACUGACUUCUGGUACUAAUGUCCAGAAACGAAAAAUGAUUUAAAAUAAUCUUAAUUUUUCUACCUGUUAUUUGUUUGCAAAUUAAAUUUCAUUUCAAAGUUUCAAAUUGGAAGGUAGAAUGUUUUCAAAAUACAAGCUGUCAAGAUACUACUGCUCAAAUAUUAUUCAGCCUACAAUUUCUAUGAAAUAUAUUAUGGUUUAUUAUAGAAAAAGAGUUCAACCAGCUUAAAAUCAUGUAUGUGUUUUUUUGUUAGAAUUUACUAAGAUUACCAGGUUUUGCAUUUGGCCUAACUUGAUUCCUGUUUGUUAAUUAAUUGAUCAAACCUUAGUUUAUGGUGUGUACUCAAGCAGGAAAUAUGAUAAUUUCAAUUCAUAUAUGAAUCAUUGACAACAUGUUUCAAUAAUGAGUAAUAAAAAAAAACUUUUACACUUAUGGGCAAAUUUGACAGAUUUAUUACAAUUUACUUAACUUUUAAUGAAAUUUGUUUAGUAUUUUAAAGUGUAGAUUGCAUUAAUAUUGUAUAUUUAUUUAAAUCUACUGUAUAUUGUUAAAUUGAGAAUGAUUUUGAUUCUUAGUUUCCACAAUUCACUUAUUACAUUGUUACUUAUUUUACGAGUCUUUGAAUUACACAAUAAUUCUUUUGUACUGAUUAAAAUAUAUUUUAACCUUA